AUGGGCUGCGACGGCCGCGUGUCCGGGCUGCUCCGCCGCAACCUGCAGCCCACGCUCACCUACUGGAGCGUCUUCUUCAGCUUCGGCCUGUGCAUCGCCUUCCUGGGGCCCACGCUGCUGGACCUGCGCUGCCAGACGCACAGCUCGCUGCCCCAGAUCUCCUGGGUCUUCUUCUCGCAGCAGCUCUGCCUCCUGCUGGGCAGCGCCCUCGGGGGCGUCUUCAAGAGGACCCUGGCCCAGUCGUUAUGGGCCCUCUUCACGUCCACGCUGGCCAUCUCGCUGGUGUUUGCCAUCAUCCCCUUAUGCCGAGACGUGCAGGUGCUGGCCUCAGUCAUGGCGCUGGCGGGCCUGGCCAUGGGCUGCAUCGACACCGUGGCCAACAUGCAGCUGGUGAGGAUCUACCAGAAGGACUCGGCCGUCUUCCUCCAGGUUCUCCAUUUCUUUGUGGGCUUCGGUGCUCUGCUGAGCCCCCUGAUUGCCGACCCCUUCCUGUCUGAGGCCAACUGCUUGCCUGCCAACGGCACAGCCAACAGCACCUCUGGCAGUCACCUGUUCCACGCGUCCAGGGUCCUGGGCCAGCACCAUGCCGAGGUGUGGCGUUUGUCCAACCAGUCACUCUCCAAGAUGCCUCCGCAGGACAGAGCCGGGACCCGUGUGUCAUACGCCUUCUGGAUCAUGGCCCUGAUCAAUCUCCCGGUGCCCCUGGCCGUGCUGUUUCUGCUGUCCAAAGAGCGGCUGCUGGCCUGCUGCCCCCAGAGGACACCCCUGCUCCUGUCUGCCGAUGAGCUGGCACUGGAGACGCAGCCUCCCGAGAAGGAAGAUGCCUCCUCCCUGUCCUCAAAGUUUCAGCCACACCCAGGCCACAAGGACCUGUUCAGCUGCUGCCAGAGGAAGAAUUUCAAAGGAGCCCCUUGUUCCUUCUUCGCCAUCCACAUCACAGCGGCCCUGGUCCUGUUCAUGACCGACGGGCUGACGGGCGAGUAUUCAGCCUUUGUGUACAGCUAUGCAGUGGAGAAGCCGCUCUCUGUGGGGCACAAGGUGGCUGGUUACCUCCCCAGCCUCUUCUGGGGCUUCAUCACCCUGGGUCGGCUCAUCUCCAUUCCCAUCUCUUCCAAACUGAAGCCAGUCACCAUGGUUUUCAUCAAUGUGGUCGGCGUGGUGAUGACGUUCCUGGUGUUUCUCGUGUUCUCCUACAACGUCGCCUUCCUGUUCGUGGGGACAGCCAGCCUGGGCCUGUUCCUCAGCAGCACGUUCCCCAGCAUGCUGGCCUACACGGAGGACAUUCUGCAGUACAAAGGCUGUGCGACCACGGUGCUGGUGACGGGGGCCGGAAUUGGCGAGAUGGUUCUCCAGAUGCUGGUUGGCUCGAUAUUCCAAGCUCAGGGCAGCCAUAGUUUCCUGGUCUGCGGCGUGAUCUUUGGUUGCCUGGCUUUCACCUUCUAUAUCUUGCUCCUGUUUUUCCACAGGAUGCAUCCUGAACUCUCAUCAGUUCCUACCCAGGACAAAGCCCUAGGGAUGGAAAGCUCAGAGUGCUACCAGAGGUAAAGCUGGGUGAAGGGGCCCGGCGGAGACCGCCAGGCCCUUGGGCACCAGCACAGACCGAAGUGUUCCAGACAGCGGGGGGAGGCCAUGGGGGCAUCUCCCCAUGCCUUGGCUCGGAUCUUCUCCACUAAUCCUUGGUUGGGUAGAAGAGAUUAAAUUGACUUCUGGUACCUGGAUCCUCCUGGGGCAAAUCAUUAGAAGUUUAUGGGAUGGAUAUUCAAGUUCCCUUCCUCUUCCCUGGUUUGGACCUUUGGUCAGAGCUGUCCAGGACACCCAGAUGGGAAGGAGGAAGACAGCCACACGCUUCACUCCGUCGGUCCCCUCUUGCAUGGACCAUGUCCCGCCUGGGUUUGAAGAUCACUUUUAGUUGAAGUUUGGAAGGAUAAGUUGAAGUUGUAAAAUUCAAAGAUCAUGGCUAGAUGUAAAUAUAUUUUAAAUUGGUCGAAGACAAACCCCAAGCUCUUCCCUGGCAUGCUCAAAGGGUGUAUGUGCUUUUUUGUUUUUGAGAGUCCGAGGUCCCUCGGGUUGUGGUUGCUGCUAUCAGUAGUUCAUUUAACAUCCAAAACGUCAUAAGGAAAAGUUAGAUCUUGCUAUCUUUGGGACACUAUUUCAGUGGUAUGCUGGGCUAGCUCAGACUUGCCUUGUUAAAAUUUCAUUUCGAGAGCCGGUUGUUACACACAGCCAUUAUUCAAAAUGAAAUUGCAGAAACUUACAACUAAUUACAUUAAAAACAAAGGUCGUAACCACUCAAAACUCAUCACUUCCUUGAGGGUUUUUUUCUUUUUUUUAAUCUGUCUUGCAUCUGUAUAUCGGAAAGGUGUGCUUCUGAGCAUCUGUUUCCGACAGCACUUUCGGGGAUCACGUGUUUGGUGGCUGGAGAUCGGCCACAUGGGAAUAUUCAUCCCACAGAAACCGGUAAA